CUCAAAGCCUCUAUGGAAGCUAGACAACGUCUUAGAGAAGCUAGAGUACAGAUGGAGAAAGAUAAAAUGCAAAAAUAUAACACCCAGGAGAUUGGCUUCAACCCGAACAAUCCAUAUAGAAGUAAUAUAGAAGAAGUUAUGCAAGAAGAAGUUACGCAAGACUCCAACUGA